AUGAGGACGGGCCAAGAGCCACGCCUGGAGAUUCUCUGGAACGAGAAGUUCUUCCACGGGCAAAUCCUCAUGGACCGCCGUGCCGGCGACCGACUCUUCUCGCGCAUGCGGCAACUGGUGCGGGAGGAGGCGGAAGGCGGGCCGAAUGAUUUUUUCGUGAGAAUUUUCUCGGGGGCGAAACCGGACGCUCGCUGA